ACGAUUGAACUCUUUAAACAGAAAUAAAUAAAUAAAUGCUUGUCCUGGACUGCUCAUUUUCAAAAUGACAUCAGUCCAAUUAAGAUUAAGUUUGAUGCAAGGACCCCAUCCUUGUGGUGGUAUUUGAUUUAGGAAUCUACAGACAAAUGACAUUUGUGAAUAUAAAACUCCAUCUCCUGUAGACAUUUCUUCUCCAGAACUGCAUCUGUUAGAGAAAUUUCAGUUUUUAUUAAUACCAAGAAAAUAUGGAAGGCGAGAUCGUUUGCGUGACUGGUGCGUCAGGAUUCAUUGGGUCUUGGCUUGUCAUGAGGCUCCUGGAACAAGGCUACUUUGUCAGGGCAACUGUGCGCGAUCCUGAAAACAUGAACAAGGUGAAGCAUUUAUUGGACUUGCCAAAAGCCAGCACCCACCUGAGUUUGUGGAGAGGGGAGCUGGUUGAGGAAGGAAGCUUUGAUGAUGUAAUUCAAGGGUGUACAGGGGUAUUCCACGUCGCUACACCUAUGGAUUUCUCUGUGGAUCGAGAUCCAGAGGAAAUGAAUACUUGGAGGACGAUUGGUAUAGCUGAGGCAAAGGAAGGCUCGUAUAUCCGAGUCAAUCCUCACAUCACAUCUACUUCUUUUACUAAAAUUGCUGUUAACACUACACAUACCAACUUUAACAUCUGGCACUAUAGACUUGGGCAUCCAUCUGCCUCAAGGCUAUCUGUUCUUCAUUCUUCUUGUCCUUUUAUUACUAUUUCUAAUAAUAAUUGUCAUGCCUGUGAUAUUUGUCAUUUGGCAAAGCAAAGGAAAUUAUCAUUUCCAAUUAGUGACUCUAAGUCUCUUAAGCCUUUUGAGCUUGUUCAUGUAAACAUUUGGGGACCUUUCUCUAUUGUUUUAAUAAAUGGAUUUAAAUACUUUCUCACUGUAGUUGAUGAUUAUAGUAGAUACACAUGGGUUUUUUUGAUGAAAUCCAAAUCUAAAACCAGAAAUCAUUUACAGUCUUUCAUUCAAAUGGCAGAAACUCAAUUUGAUGCCAAAGUUAAAGCCAUUAGGAGUGAUAAUGGUUCUGAAUUCUCAAUGUCUGAUUUUUAUGCUCAAAAAGAAAUUUUGCAUCAAACUACAUGUAUUGAAACACCUCAACAGAAUGCUAUUAUUGAAAGAAAACAUCAGCAUAUUUUGAAUGUUGCUAGGGCUUUGCUGUUUCAAUUUAAACUGGCUAAACUUUUUUGGUCCUAUUCCAUUCUUCAUGUAGUGUUUCUUAUCAAUAGGUUACCUACACCUCUCCUACAAAAUAAGUCACCUUUUCAUCUUUUAUAUCUCGCUUCACCUGAUUAUCUUUAGCUUAGAAUCUUUGGUUCAUUAUGCUAUGCAUCUACUCUUCUUGCAGGCAGAACUAAGUUUGAUCCUAGAGCCAGAAAAUGUAUAUUUCUUGGCUACAAACAAGGCACUAAGGGUUUUCUUCUUAUGGAUCUCAAAAAUAAAGAAAUUUUCUUAUCUAGGAAUGUUAUCUUUAAAGAAAAUGUUUUUCCUUAUGAUUCUCAUAUUACAGAUUUGUCUACUAUUCCUCAUAUGAAUUCUCUUUUUGAUAUGGACUAUUCAUUACCAUAUACUCCAAUUCAAUUUUCUCAAUCAUCUCCACCUAUAACAGAACCUUCUGAUCCUCAACCUCUUUCUUCUUCUCAACCUACUAGACAUUCUACAAGAUCAAAAAGACCACCUACAUACUAAUAGGAUUAUCACUGCAGCCUUGCUUCCUCAACAACUACCAAUGCUCAUGAUUCCACAGGUAUUCUUUAUCCUUUGUCCUCUGUUUUGUGUUAUCAUUCUUUAACUCCUACUAGUUUUCACUUUACUUUAUCCAUUUCCACCAAUGUUGAGCCUAAAACAUAUACACAAGCUAUUAAAUUAAAUGUUUGGAAAGAGGCUAUAGCUAAUGAAAUCUCAGCUUUAGAGCAAAAUCAUACUUGGAAGCUUGUUGAUUUGCCUCCUAGAAAGGUACCUAUUGGUUGUAAAUGGGUUUACAGGAUUAAAUAUAAAGCAGAUGGUACUAUAGAGAGAUACAAGGCUAGGCUUGUAGGAAAGGGAUAUACUCAGACUGAAGGAAUUGAUUUCUUUGAUACCUUUAGUCUUGUUGCUAAAAUGACUACAAUAAGAAUUCUUCUAGCUCUUGCUGCAAUUAAUGGUUGGCACUUGCAAAAACUUGAUGUUAAUAAUGCUUUUCUUCAUGGAGAUUUGCAUGAGGAGGUGUAUGUGGUGUUGCCACCUGGUUUCCAAUCUCUUAAACCUAAUCAAGUUUGCCAAUUACAAAAAUCUCUAUAUGGUUUAAAACAAGCUAGCCGUCAGUGGAAUUUCCAAACUUUCACAUGCUCUCCUUUCUUAUGGUUACUUGCAAUCCAAAUCUGAUCACUCUCUCUUUGUAAAGGCAAUUGGUGACUCUUUUACUGCUAUUUUGGUCUAUGUUGAUGAUCUUAUUCUUGCAAGGAACAAUAUGGCAGAAAUCAAUUCCUUAAAAAGCUUUAUAGACACAUCUUUUAAAAUUAAAGAUCUUAGAAAUCUUAAAUAUUUUUUGGUGCUAGAAAUAGCAAGGACAACAGAAGGCAUCUCUCUUUGUCAAGGAAAGUAUGCUCUAGAAUUGCUUUCUGAUCUGGAUAUUUGGCUGCUAAGCUAGCUAAAACCCCAAUGGAUUCUGCCACUAAGCUAUCAAAAGAUAAAGGGACUCCAUUGUUUGAUAUUGCUUCUUAUAGACGCUUAGUUGGAAAGCUGUUAUACCUAACCACUACAAAACCUGACUUGUCUUUUGCUACAUAUCAACUUAGUCAGUUCUUGUCUGCUCCUACAGAUUUACAUGAGAAGGCUUUGUAGAGAGUUCUUAGAUACAUUAAAGCCUCUCCUGGUCAAGGUCUUUUCUUUCGUUCUAAAUCUAAAAUUAAACUCAUAGCUUUUAGUGACUUAGAUUAGGGUAAUUGUGAGGAUACUAGGCACUCAAUUACUGGCUAUAAUGUGUAUCUUGGUGAUUCUUUAGUAAGUUGGAAAUCCAAGAAACAGAAUACUGUUUCAAGGUCAUCUUCUGAGGCAGAAUACAGGACACUUGCUUCUACAACUUGUGAGCUACAAUGGAUACUUUACAUUCUGAAUGAUUUUUGUGUUCCUCAUCCUUAGCCAGCUAUCAUUUACUAUGAUAAUCAAUCUGCCCUUCACAUAGCUGCUAAUCCAACAUUUCAUGAAAGGACAAAACAUAUUGAGCUAGAUUGUCAUUUGGUUCGAGAGAAGGUUCAGCAGAGUCUCAUCAAACUUCUGCCUAUUUCAUCUACUGUUCAAUUAGCUGACAUUCACACCAAACCUUUAGGUGUUGCUCCUUUUCAUGCUAUCAUGCUCAAGCUAGGAAUGCUCAAUAUACAUUCUCUAGCUUGCGGGGGGGGUUUUACCACAGGAUAUAGAGAAUGGAUAGUGUGAUUUACUGGCAGUUAUUAUAUAACUUAUUUUAGUUUAGUUUGUUACUAUUUGUUAGGUAGCUCAGUUAUAGUUCAGUUAGUUUAGUUGAGAAGUUGUUAUUUUUCGCUACUCUAGUUGGUUAGCUUAACUUUUUAUAUAUAAGACUUUGAGCUCAGCUCCUUAAUUCAAUUAAUUCAGUUUUCUCUUCCAUACAAAUCUAAUACUUACCCUUUUCUCCAUCUAUCUAUAUAUCUAUCUAGAUGUGGGUCCGGUUUGAUUCCGGAUUGAAACUGGUUUGAUAGUUUCAAUUUGAAGGGUUGAGAGCUUGGAAUCGAACAAAGAAGUCUGAUUAGUUUUGAUCUCAAUUCUAUUUUCUAGUCUGAUUUCAAUUUGAUUAAGUUCAAUUCUGAUUCAGUUUAUUUGGUUUGAUCAAAUUCAAUGAUAAAAUAAAUUUUAAUCUUUUAUUUUCUAAAAAUUGAAAAAUCUAGUUUUGAUUAAAAUCAAACUGAACCAAACUAAAAUUCAUCCAAUCUAAUUUCGACUUAAUUCAAUACAAUUUUAAUAAAAUUUGAAUUUAAUUGAUUUUCGACCUAAUUUAAAUCCUUUUUGGUAUGAUUCCAAUUAAAUUCAGACGAAGCCUAUGUCUAAAGCCUACAGUAAAUUUGAUAA